CAGGAUCAACUACCAGAUGUCACUACAAUCAUGCCCAUCAUGCUUGCAUCUGAUAAAGCACCUGUCACUCAAAUGACUGGCAACAUUGAAAUGCACCCAUUAUUCCUUACAAUUGCCAACAUCAACUCAGAGGUCCAUAUGAAAGUGACAUUGCACACAUGGGCAUACAUUGCAUAUAUUCCAACACCAGAGUUCCUUGUCCAUCCUGAUUUUCAAUCAGUCUUGGAGGCACAUGUAUGGCAUUGUUGCAUGGACAUUGUUUGCACUGGCCUGAUGCUUUCUGUGUGCACUGGUACUUUCAUGAGCAAUCCCAACAACCUUAUCCAAUACCGUCUUGCACCCCUCAUCACCUACAUCACUGAUCUUCCAGAACAACUUAUGAUUGCUUGCAUUACAAAGUCAGUAUCUCCAAUGAUUGUGACCAAGCAGGGCCACUUUGGUAAUGGAAUCCUCCACCUGCCCUGUGAUGGCAAGCUCACCAUGCAAAAGCUGAUUGCACUUCAUAAUGACCCCUGA